GUCCCGCAUUAUCUAGCGUUUGUCUAUUAACAACCAUGAACUUUAUCUUCCCUCUGCCAUGGCCUUUCUCCUCUCCUUCUCUCCAAACCCUCCUCUAAACCCUAAGCUUUCCUCUCUAAACACCCCACUUUCCUCCACUCUCAAUACGAAGAGACAUUUCAUCAUUCAUACUACUUCAUUUUGCUUUAUUCUUUUAGCCCAACAAAACCCAAUCCCACAAUCUUUAGCUCAAGCUUCCACACCUUCCAAACCGGCUUUGAACCUUGCAAACACCAAAUCUUGGUUCCAAUUCUAUGGUGAUGGUUUUGCCAUUAGGGUUCCUCCUGAAUUCGAGGACAUCAUGGAGCCUGAGGAUUUUAAUGCUGGAGCGUCUCUGUACGGGGACAAAGCAAAACCCCGGCCAUUUGCAGCACGGUUUGCAUCUACUGACGGAUCUGAAGUUUUAAGUGUUGUUGUUCGCCCAACCAAUCAACUCAAAAUCACCUUCCUAGAGGCCCAAGAAAUUACUGAUUUGGGUUCCAUAAAAGAGGCAGCCAAAAUCUUUGUCCCAGGUGGAGCAACUCUUUACAAUGCCAGAACCAUAAAGAUAAAAGAAGAUGAAGGUUUCAAGACUUACUAUUUCUAUGAAUUUGAAAGAGAUGAUCAACACAUUGCACUAAUGGCUACCGUUAGCAGUGGAAAGGCUAUUAUUUCUGGAGCAACAGCUCCGUGUUCCAAGUGGAAUGAUGAUGGAGUGAAGCUACGUUCCGCAGCAAUCUCAUUGACAGCUCUGUAGUCCUUUGCACAAACAUGUUUUUUGAGUCACAUAUUCCACUUUGUACAAGAAUCAGAUUGGUUUAGGCAUUUCAUUUAUCUUGACAUAUACUGAAGAAUUUUCGACUCGACACCUAAUUCAUAGCAAUUUACCUUCUUACAACAGCUUGUGAACAGCAGAAAGCUGAGAGUCUGAAUUCAAGUCCUGAUCUGAGCGCCCCAUUUUGUUCAACAAGACCUUUUUAUCUACAUACAGGAUUUAUGAUGUCUGAAAGUAACAUUAACCAUGACUCCAUAUUUUUGCUAUGGAAUAUAAAAGUGUACUGAUAAGAAAUUUCAACAACUUAA